AUGCUUCGGAACUUCGCGUUUUAUGUUAUUUCUCUAAGCCUACUUAAUUCGGCUCACUUUUCAACAGAUUUCGUUGACUGUACAGAUCUUGAUAAAUUACAGUUAGUUUUUCUGGAAACUUAGCUUUUUUAUUGUUUUUUUUUUCAGGUUCUACUGUAAUCCUUCUGAUAUUGAUUCCAAAACCCAACAACCCACGACUUGUGCUCCGGAUAACUCGAUAACAGGUUUUUUUUGGAAACAGUUUUUCAUUUCCAAUAAAUUUCAGUUCGAUGUCGUCCUUCCUCACACAUAAGCUGUAAAGGGCUUGACAGUGAUGGUUUUUUUAAUAGAACGGUUUUUUGAGCUUUCAUUUUGCCGUAGCAACUAACAUUUUCAGAUUGAAAACGGGUGUCAUUACGAGACUCGGGUAAGUUAUUACGUCGCCGUUUUGCUGUCCAUAUUCUUUGGAAUUUUUGGCGUCGACCGUUUUUAUCUUGGAUAUUAUGCCAUAGGUUAUAUUUUCCGUGCGAAGAAGAUCUGAUAAUUUAUUUUUAGGUCUUAUGAAAAUGUUCUCACUCGGUGGUCUCUUUCUCUUCUGGCUCAUUGAUGUUGUGUUGAUAACUCUUCAAAUACUGGGUCCUGCCGACGGCUCAAACUAUUUCAUGCCAUUUUAUGGUCCGAAAGUUACACAAAUGAGGUUCUUUGCGUCAUUUAUUGCUAAAUUAUUUAUAUUUUUUAGAUUCGACGAGCAGACAAAUUAUUCCACAUACACUUGUAUUGAUUGCUUGUGA